AUGUUCACAUUCCUACAUUGACAAUGUUGUGAGUCAUGCGCUUGAGGCAGAGAGUUGUCAUACUCCAAGACAAACAUAUUCAUAUCAUGACCAAAUGUAAUGUGAUUUGUGUCCUGCAUGUAAAUCCCCCUCUGAAGCGCUGCUGACAAACGUGGCCGCCCUCUGCCGUCACACCGCGUGGUCUUGAUGAGGCAGCUAUGCUCUGCGGUCAGCAUGAGUUCUAAUAGCAGCCCGCCAUUGUGUUUUGUGUCUUCUCGCUUCAGGAAGUUCGGCGAGCGCCCUCAGCCACAACGCCUCACCAGGAUGCAACGAGGUGGAUGUCAGCGCUAUAAACGGCUUGGCGGAUGACGGCAAGAUAUAAAAACCCGCUAGAAGCCAUGAGGAAUUACCUGAAGGAGCGAGGGGACCAAACUGUCAUGAUCCUGCACGCCAAGGUUGCACAGAAAUCGUACGGCAACGAGAAAAGGUUCUUCUGCCCUCCCCCGUGUGUGUACCUGAUGGGCAGCGGCUGGAAAAAAAAGAAGGAGCAGAUGGAGCGGGACGGCUGCUCCGAGCAGGAGUCGCAGCCGUGCGCCUUCAUCGGCAUCGGCAACAGCGACCAGGAAAUGCAGCAGCUUAAUUUAGAGGGGAAGAACUAUUGCACAGCCAAAACCUUGUACAUAUCGGACUCGGACAAGAGAAAGCACUUCAUGUUGUCUGUCAAGAUGUUCUACGGCAACAGCGCCGACAUCGGCGUCUUCCUCAGCAAGAGGAUCAAGGUCAUCUCCAAGCCCUCCAAAAAGAAACAGUCCCUGAAAAACGCCGACUUGUGCAUCGCGUCGGGCACCAAGGUGGCGCUCUUCAAUCGGCUGCGCUCCCAAACAGUCAGCACGCGCUAUCUCCACGUAGAGGGGGGCAACUUCCAUGCGAGCUCGCAGCAGUGGGGAGCCUUCUACAUCCACCUGUUGGACGACGAGGAGUCGGAGGGGGAAGAGUUCACGGUGAGAGACGGUUACAUCCACUACGGCCAGACGGUCAAGCUGGUGUGUUCGGUCACCGGCAUGGCGCUGCCCCGACUGAUCAUCCGUAAGGUGGACAAGCAGACGGCGCUGCUGGACGCCGACGACCCCGUGUCGCAGCUGCACAAGUGUGCCUUCUACCUGAAGGACACCGAGCGCAUGUACCUGUGCCUCUCGCAAGAAAGGAUCAUCCAGUUUCAAGCCACACCGUGCCCAAAGGAACCAAACAAAGAGAUGAUCAACGACGGCGCCUCCUGGACAAUCAUCAGCACGGACAAGGCAGAGUACACCUUCUACGAGGGCAUGGGCCCCGUGCAGUCGCCUGUCACCCCUGUGCCUGUGGUCGAGAGCCUACAGCUCAACGGCGGCGGAGACGUCGCCAUGCUGGAGCUGACGGGGCAGAACUUCACCCCCAAUCUGCGAGUGUGGUUCGGAGAUGUCGAGGCCGAGACAAUGUACAGGUGUGCAGAGAGCAUGCUGUGUGUUGUACCCGACAUUUCGGCCUUCCGCGAGGGCUGGCGCUGGGUGCGGCAGCCCGUCCAGGUCCCUGUCACGCUGGUAAGGGAGGACGGCCUCAUCUACUCCACCUCACUGACCUUCACCUACACGCCGGAGCCCGGGCCGCGGCCGCACUGCAACGCCGCCGGCGCCAUCCUGCGCGCCAGCAACUCGGGCCUGCUGAGCAACAGCGGCGGGCCGGAGGCGGGCGGCGGCGUCUACGGCCCCGGAACGGGCGUCACGUCCUCGUCGGCCGCCGCCACCGCCGCCGCCGUGGUUUCCUAACGCUCGCUCCUCGAGCCAAGAUCCCACGAGGUAGAGAACAGUUUGGAAUAGUUCAACAAAACACACACACAAAAGUUCUGCGUUUCAAUUAAGGGUAAACGGCGAAAUGAAAAAUGUUCAGGACAAAAGAAGAAACGCGGGGGAAAUCUGAAGGAGUGAUGUCACAAAGCCGCCCGGUGACGGGACAGGGCGAAAUGUGCUCCCCCCCCCCCCACCAUCCCCCUCGCCGCCUGCUUCGGCUCCAGUCCUGGUGGUCGAGAACGUCGGCGCGUUCCCGAUCCCCGUUCCCGUUUUGCACUGCCCUCCAAAUGCUUCCCACACCCAAGUACUCUUGUUGCGUUAGCUGCGCUUUGGGGAUGUAGCGUUGUCGGAGGCGGCGCCAGGACGCAAAGGGACACGCAAGCGUGACGUUAACGUAGUUUUAAUGGACCAAGGAAUUUGUAUAAGCUUUAGCAAAGGUACACUUUUCUCCAUACCUUUAUUCAACAUAUUGUACACUUUUGUUACCAAAUAGUUUGUAUUCCUCCUAUAAUCUUGUGCUCCCCCUAACUCCUGCCCUUAUUUUUCCCUCUUCUGUUUGAAGGGGGAGAAUAGAAAAGUGAAUAUGUGUGUCUAGGCGUGCGUGCGUGCGUGCGUGCGUGUCAGGGGAACCACAAAAGAGGGCCUAUUUUUUAUUCUCAUUGGUUUUUAUGAAGUCUUUAAAAGAAAAGCUUUAAGCAACGCCUCUGCCUUGCCUGCAAUAUGUGCGCCAUGUCUCCUUUUUGGAAUCUCACUCAUCACUGGAGCAUUUUUUUUUCUCCACAGACAAAAAAAAAAAAAAAAAAGACAGACUUGUGAACCUAGUCGUACAAGUCGGGAAAGAAAGAGCCUUAGUACUGUGCAAGAGAACUGUGUGUAUACAGUCCAUAUCAUGUGCGGCCGUGGAUCACGUGGACGCACGUCUUCCAAGUGAGCGUGACAACAACAACAACAAAAAAAAAAAAGAGACUUUUUCAAUUCAAUCCGGCCUUACUGAUAAGUUCAGUGACAAAAAAAAAAAAACCCAAGAAGAAAAAUGCUUCCGCUCGCCAUCCUGUCCAAUUUCUCCGCCGGUACUGUCACACAAGAGCCUUCUAUUUUUUUAAAAGUCCAUCAAGUGGUUGCACUCACGGAGCAUAUCAAGCAAGGCCUUCUCCGUGUGUUAUUCAAGUUUUCCUAACAGCAAUAUUGUACAGAUCAUGAGCACUACAAGUUCACCAGCCAGCCAGCCAGUAUAUCGCACACCCCGUGCAUCGUUGAAAAGUAAAAUCGAGUUGGGAGUCACUCCAUUAAUAGUCCAAAAGGAAGAGAAAGCAGGCAAUACGUAUGCGUGUGACCUUUACAGUACGACUGUAAACUUGAAUGUGUGCUGAAUGAAGUGCACCAGUUAAGUAGGAAAAAAAAAAAA